CUCUACAGUAGUCGUAGAUACCUUCCUGGGGGAGGGGAGUUUCCCUGGCUCAAGCAGACCAACUAGAAAGCGUCCUUUCUAAGAAACGGGUUCUAUUAACACAGCGGGGGGGUAACGAGCGUGGACUGGUUUCUAGGCACCCACCCACCGUCUCCCGCAGCCAUUUUGAGCUUGCUUCACCUAAAGGGAACCUAUAAAGGCGGGGACUGUACGUCAUCUAGCAGCAACUGACGGACCCUACCGAGGGGCAGGAACGAAAAGGAAAGAAAUACAAGGCCCCCCCCGCCCCCACUACCCUAGGUCGCCUAAGGCCAGCUUCCGGCCCGAUAACGUGGAACCGCUAGCCCGCCCCUUGUGCGUGGAGGGCGUGGUAUGUUCACGUGAGCUCAGAGGAAGUCAUGUGUUCUCGAUCACGUGGGGAGGAACCGGAAGUGGCGGACACUGAGUCCUCCGCUUCACCAGUCUUUAGACGGGUCUGAGACCUGCAGGUCACUCUGCAGCUGGGUAGGGGUCGCGUGCCCUCUCCUCCACGAUGAGGUGGGUGCGCGCGGCCGGAGAGAGGCUGUGCCAGCGCGUGCGCGGGGCAGAGGCGCUGCGCGAGACCUGCCGCCAGUACCCACUGUUCUGCUGCAUUCUCUUGGGGCUCAUCAUAGCGACGCUCCUGCUCAGCCGGUAUCUUCACAUUCUCUUGAUCUUCUGGUCAUUUUUGGCGGGAGUUGUCACAUUCUACUGUUCAUUAGGACCAGAUUCCCUCUUACCAAAUAUUCUUUUCACAAUAAAACACAAAACCAAGCAGUUAGAACUGCAAGAACUGUUUCUCCAGUGUAAUAGCUGUACUGUGUGUGGUAAAGUCAAAUGUAAAAGGCAUAGGCCUGCAUUAUUGCUAGAAAAUUAUCAGCCAUGGUUGGAUUUGAAAGUUCCUUCUAAAGUUGAUGCAUCCUUAUCCGAGGUUUUUGAACUAGUCUUGGAAAAUUUUGUUGAUCCUUGGUACAGGGAUAUAACUGAUGAUGAAUCGUUUGUGGAUGAACUUAGAAUAACAUUGCGGUUUUUUGCGUCUGUAUUAAUUCGCAGGAUUUACAAGGUGGAUAUUCCAACUAUUAUAACAAAGAAAAUGCUGAAGGCAGCCAUGAAACAUAUAGAAGUAAUAGCUAAAGCCAGACAGAAAGUGAAGAAUGCUGAAUAUUUACAGCAAGCUGCUUUAGAAGAAUAUGGACCAGAGCUCCAUGUGGCCUUGAGAAGUAGAAGAGAUGAGCUUCAUUAUUUAAGGAACCUUACUGAAAUUCUUUUCUCCUAUGUUCUGCCUCCAAAGGCAACAGACUGCAGGUCACUCACGUUGCUUAUAAGAGAAAUCUUGUCACGUUCUGUUUUCCUUCCUUCCAUGGAUUUCUUAGCUGAUCCGGAUACUGUGAAUCACUUGCUGCUUAUCUUCAUUGAUGACAGUCCACCUGAAAAAGCAACAGAACCUGCUUCUGCUUUGGUUCCCUUUCUGCAGAAGUUUGCAGAGCCCAGAAAUAAGAAGCCCUCUGUCUUGAAUCUGGAUCUGAAGGAAAUUAGAGAUCAGCAGGAUCUCCUGUUUUGCUUCAUGAAAUUUUUGAGACAGGAAGGAGCUGUGCAUGUCUUGCAGUUCUGCCUGGAUGUAGAUGAAUUCAACCUUAAAAUUUUGAAACCGGACUUAUCAGAUACUGAGAUGGUGUUGCGUCAUGAAGAAGUACAGAAAAUCUACCAAACUUAUUGUUUGGAUGAAAGUAUUGAUAAAAUUAGAUUUGAUCCUUUCAUUGUGGAAGAGAUAAAAAGUAUUGUUGAAGGUCCCUAUGUUGAAGUUGUGAAACUGCAAACAAUGCGGUGCCUUUUUGAAGCCUAUGAACAUGUGUUUUCGCUCUUGGAGAGUGUCUUCAUUCCUAUGUUCUGUCACAGUCACGAGUAUUUCAGGCAUCUCUUAAAAGGAGCUGAAUCUCCAACACGCAAUUCCAAAUUAAACAAGAGCACUCAUAAAAAAGGAGAAUCCUCUGGAAUCAGCAGAAUAGGCAGCAAGAUUAAAGAAGUGUUCAAGAGUACCACAAUGGAGGGAGCUGUGCUGCCCAACUUUGUCAUGGCUGAAGGGGAGGAUGACUUUAUUGAAGAAGGUAUUAUGGUAAUGGAAGACGAUUCUUCUCCUGUGGAGGCAGUUAGCACACCUAAUACACCUCGCAAUCUUGCAGCUUGGAAAAUUAGCAUUCCAUAUGUGGAUUUCUUUGAUGACCCCUCUUUUGAAAGGAAGGAGAGAAAAGAAAGAAUUCCAGUAUUUUGCAUUGAUGUGGAAAGGAAUGAUAGAAUGGCAGUUGGGCAUGAACCUGAACGCUGGUCAGUCUACAGACGAUAUCUUGAAUUUUACGUCCUUGAGUCAAAGCUUACUGAAUUUCAUGGUACAUUCCCUGAUGCCCAACUUCCUUCAAAGAGGAUCAUUGGACCAAAGAACUUUGAAUUCUUAAAUUCAAAGAGAGUGGAGUUUCAGGAAUAUUUGCAGAAACUGUCGCAACAUGCAGAGCUAAGCAAUAGCCAGCUUUUGGCUGACUUCCUAUCCCCUAAUGGUGGAGAAACACAGUUUCUUGAUAAGAUACUGCCUGAUGUAAAUUUAGGCAAAAUGAUAAAAUCUGUUCCAUCAAAACUAAUAAAAGAGAAAGGCCAGCACUUGGAACCAUUCAUUAUAAACUUUAUUAAUUCCUGUGAAUCUCCCAAACCAAAACCAAGUAAACCAGAGCUUACUAUUCUCAGCCCUACUUCUGAAAACAAUAAAAAGCUUUUUAAUGAACUGUAUAAGAACAAUGCAAACCGUUCUGAGAAUUCAGAGAGAAGACAGAAUCAGAACUACUUCAUGGAAAUGAUAACAGUUGAAGGAGUCUAUGACUACUUAAUGUAUAUAGGUAGAGUUGUGUUCCGUAUUCCCGACUGGCUUCAUCAUAUCCUGAUGGGAGGACGGAUUCUCUUCAAAAAUACCUUAGAGGCGUAUACAGACAACUAUCUGCAGCGCAAGCUAGAGCAGCUCUUCCAGGAGCACCGUUUGGUGUCCCUUAUAACCCUUCUGAGAGAUGCGGUGUUCUGUGAGAACUCUGAACCUCGUGCUCUUCAAGAUAAGCAGAAACGGGCAAAGCAGACCUUUGAAGAAAUGAUGAAAUACAUUCCAGAUUUGAUAGGCAAGUGCAUUGGAGAAGAGGCCAAAUAUGAAGGCAUAAGACUUCUGUUUGAUGGACUGCAGCAGCCUGUGCUCAACAAACAGUUGACUUAUGUUUUGCUGGAUAUUGGGAUCCAGGAACUGUUUCCAGAGCUUGAUGAGGUUCAAAAGGACGCAUCCUCUGUAUCAUCAUGGAUGUAAACAUCAGGAUACUGACUUAACUCUGAUGUAUAGAUGGCUGCUACUUACUAAUUUAAUGUAUAGGUUCUGUGUUUAGCCGUGUACAUUUGCUUGUAAAUAUAAUUAACUUUAACUCCAGAAAAAUUAUCUUUACUCAAGAAAGAUUAAAAUUUAGUACUGACUGAA